AAGGAGAACGCGAAGGAGAGAGAGAGCAGUAUAUUAUGAAAGACACCGAAUAGACUCAUCGUACCAACGCCUCUCUGUCUGCAGUCAGUCGAAGACGAAGAAGAAGGGGAAGGGGGGAAACCCGUUGUAGGGCGACCUCUCUGAGCGCAUCUUACGCCCAGCAUCUCACUAACACACAGCCCACAUCACGCAGUGAAGACUUGUGUCACGGGACUAAAACGCCUGUGUAACUUGGACCACUGUGCCCGAGAGUUGUAGUGCGGGCGGCUGGAAAUGAACUCUGAAGGUGGGCUUCGUGUCGGCGCAUUCAACAUAAGACUCGGCGCUUCUGCUCAUCACCAGUCCACAUGAGAAGUUUGACAGGAGCAGGUUGAAGGGAGUCUACCUGUGCUUCCGAUAGGCUGUUCACUUUGCAGCCUGCAGCUCGCGGUCGGAACUCGACCACUGCUCCACAGGACACUGAGGGUUGCAUGCCUCAGUGCCAAGAAAUUGCAAUACGUGGGAGACUUCUGCUAAGAAGACGCAAAUACAUUUGUGGAGGAUGGAGGAGAGAACUGAGGAAGGACACACACAGGAGAACGGAGGCAGUGAUUGUGCAGCCAGACAGCCUCGCACCUCUCCCUGCACCAGUCUGAGGAUGUUUCUGGUGGCAUUGUCCUUUGCCUACUUCGCAAAGGCUCUGUCGGGGAGCUACAUGAAGAGCACAAUAACCCAGCUCGAGAGGCGCUUUGACAUCCCUAGUUACCUAAUAGGUGUCAUUGACGGGAGCUUCGAGAUAGGCAACUUGCUGGUGAUAGCUUUUGUCAGUUACUUUGGAGCCAAACUCCACAGACCAAAGAUCAUUGCAGUGGGCUGUGUAUUGAUGUCCAUCGGCACCUUCAUCAUAGCUCUGCCUCAUUUCAUCAUUGGUCGCUAUGAGUUUGAGACAUCAGUGCGGUGGGUAGUGAACUCAACUCUUAACCCCUCUCCGUGUCGGCCAGACUCACCAGCAAACCUGACAGAAGACGGUACACUACCUCAAGUGCCAGCCUCAGGUUGUGAAGGCGAGUCCAACCUGUCCAUGUGGAUCUAUGUGCUCCUUGGAAAUGUUUUACGCGGGAUUGGAGAGACACCUGUUCAGCCUCUGGGAAUCUCGUAUAUAGAUGAUUUUGCCACUGAGGAGAAUGCAGCACUUUAUGUUGGUUGUGUGCAGACCAUUUCAGUGGUUGGCCCUGUGUUUGGUUACCUAUUGGGCUCCCUUUGUGCCAAAAUCUAUGUGGACAUUGGAUUUGUAAAAAUGGAGACCAUCACCAUUACCCCAUCAGAUUCCCGCUGGGUGGGGGCCUGGUGGCUGGGUUACCUCAUAGCUGGGGUUAUCACCCUUCUUUCUGCUAUCCCAUUCUGGUUUCUGCCCCGCUCUCUACCCGUGCCCGGGCCAGAGGUCCCAGAGAAGUGCACACCAGAGCAGACGAGUUUCAUCAAAGGCUCUCCCCUUCUGAAGCACAAGUACUCAGCAGAUGAACACACUAGUUUUAUAGAGAUGGCCAAAGAUUUCAUUCCAACCCUGCGAACGCUGCUGGCACACCCAGUCUAUCUGGUCUACCUGUGCGUGACAAUCAUUCAGCUGAACUCUCUCAUCGGCAUGGUCACUUACAAGCCCAAGUACAUUGAACAGCACUUCAGACAAUCAGCUUCAAAGGCCAACUUUCUGAUGGGUGUGAUAAAUAUCCCAGCUGUGGCACUGGGGAUGUUUUCUGGAGGUCUGCUGAUGAAGAGGCUGAAGCUGAACAUCAUGGGAGCAGCCAAGUUUGCCUUUGGCACAUCCCUUAUUGGUUACAUCCUGUCACUGUUCUUCUUCGCAAUGAGUUGUGAGAAUGCCAAGGUGGCCGGGGUGACACUUUCAUAUGACAACAUCGAUAGGAUAUCGUAUGAUAAGCACCCGCUCUUCACAGACUGCAACUCAAAGUGCGUUUGUUCAUCGAGUGACUGGGACCCAGUCUGCGGCGAGAACGGCAUCACAUAUGUUUCUCCGUGUCUGGCUGGCUGCACCACCUCUGCUGGCUCAGGAAAAAACACAGUCUUCUCUAACUGUUCCUGUGUCGGUGUGGCUGGUAACUUUACGGCCAGUACAGGUCACUGCCCUCAAAAGGACGACUGUGACAGGAUGUUCCCGUACUUCCUGGCGCUCUCUGUCAUCACUUCCUUUAUCAUCUCUCUUGGGGGGACACCAGGAUACAUGCUUCUUAUCAGGUGCAUCAAACCACAGCUGAAAUCUUUGGCCCUGGGUUUCCACGCAUUGGCAACACGGACCCUUGCAGGGAUCCCAGCACCCAUUUACUUUGGAGCAAUCAUUGACACCACAUGUCUAAAAUGGGGUCAGAAAAGGUGUGGGGGCAUAGGAGCCUGUCGAAUCUACAACACCACCGCCUACAGAAUAGCAUACCUGGGCCUGACUCUGAGCCUACGGACUAUCUCCUUUAUUAUUUGCAUCCCGGGCUUCAUCCUGCUCAGUCGACAGCUGAAGGAGGAGGAACGAAACGCCAUCCACGGAGCUCUGAGGAACGGUGGAACCGAACUGGAGGUGCUCAGGAAGGAAGAGCUGGUUAUUUCUAAUUCUGACCAGCCACACCACCCAUCAGAGAACAGCACAGAUAGGCAGACACGACUUUGACAGAGCCAGCAGAGCUGACGGCCGCAUAUAUACCCACAGUAUGUCCAGAGCGCUGCUGCACACAUGCACGCUCGCUCACAUGAAAACAAGAUUUGCAGGGAAUCACUUGUUGUCCAGUCAUCUCAUGUAAAGCAGAAAUUCUAUAUUUGUACUGCUGGAUGUGUAAAGGCUUUGUAAAUCUGACAGAAAUUUGAUAUGACUUAAAUAUUUCUUGAAUGUACAUGCUGUUUUUCCUUUUAAGAAAAAAAUACAAAACAUACAAUAUUUUUGAGUUGAAAAAAAUAUCAAUUUGGAAAUGUGACUUGUACAGACUACUGCAAAACAGUACUAUUUUGAACACCAGCAUUUCAUAAGCUGCCUCUUUAAGAUCCUUCUUUCAAAGUUAUUCCGUUAUUCAGUAGUGUUACAGAACCGAAGAGGUAAAGUGGCCUUAUAAACCGGAGGCACAACAGCAAACUGAUAUGUCCUAAAAAGAAAAAUCUGGCCUUUAUAGACAUGAGAUUUUUUUUUCUCCAUUAAAUGAGUUGUAGAAUUGCUCGUACAUUUCAGUAACACUUGGAGGAUAUUGAUAUGAUGUUUCGGUAUGUGCCUCAUUCACUCAACUGUUACCUCUUAAUGUGUGUUUCAGAGAUCUUUAAAAAACAAUUUCAUUUUACUUUUAAAUUUCAGAUCAUCUGAUCUUUACUCGUUUAGGAAAAAACGAUUCAUUUUUGCUUUUUACUUAAAGCCCAAAGUUGUGAGUGUAUAGCAGUUUGUUGUUUUUGUGCUUUCUGGAUGUGAACUUUGGGUCCGUUGAUAUUCAUAAUCACUAGAAAUGGGAAUUGUAUUUUAGUGAAAUCUGCUUCAGCAAACAGCUCUGCUUUUGUCAAACUCUAGAGCCAUGACACUUACCUCUGAGUGGUGCAAAUGUUUUAGUUUCACACACACACACAACUGACUAAAGCUGUUAAUAGCUGGUAUCAGAUCAAAUUUGCAUCUUAAACUUCUCAAUUGGGCUCCCCAGGCUCUGGUAUUAAAUAACCAUUGUUGUGCCUUGGAAAAGGCAGAGAUUGUAUUGUUGCAACACUGAUAAAGUACUUACUGUAAAAAAAAAAAAAACGAGAAGAAGAAGAAAACACUGUGUGUGAUUGUUGUUGCUGAUAUGUAAAAGUUCUGUUUCCAUCGUCAUGCGUUUCACUGGUUGGUGUUUCUACCUUUGUAUUCUUUAUGUGUGUCUUUAUGCCAAUGUCACAGUUUUAUCUCCCCUUUCUUCUCUUAAACAUUAACCCCAUUUUUUUUUUUUUUUAGCAUUUUCUUUCAUUGAAAGCAAAUGAUCAGAUAUCUGACUGCUUAAACUAGAGCUCUGUUCAGGGAUCUGAUGAAGUUAUUUGAGGGUACACUAGCUGCUCUGAUGUGAUGUUUUGCAAUGUCUGAUGAAGUCAUGAUCUUUGGAAUGCAUUCAAAUUCAUGCCCAAAGUAUUGAUAUGGUUGAAAGUCGAGUACCGAUUAUUGAGACUCAUCGCAACACUUUUCUUUAGUGCAGUAGUGUACGAGUGUACACUGCUGCCAAUCUCUAUGAUUCAGAAAACAGUUUCCUUCGACCACCCAUUUGUGCAAUACCAGAUGCCCUUUAUAUGUACAUCAGCAGAAAGACUAAAUUAGCCCAGUUUAAAAUUCAAAGCAUGUGGUAAAGGAUUUGACAGACCUUUUAAUACAGACACACUUUCCCGGAGUGUUAAUUUAUUUUCUUCGGACGGUUGCAACAGCAGUAAGUGGAUCAGACAGUUUCAGUUCAAGCCCGUAGAGACUGUGUUUGAUGUGAGAUUAUUUUCGAGUCUUUAUCAUUUCAGCAAAUGAUAAAGCUUAGGGUACAUCCUACCACUGACACUAAAGUGUAUUCAGAAGUAUUGAUAAUGCACACCCCUCCCCCCCCCAACACACACACACACACAAAUAAAAUACAUAAAUAUAAAUAUAUAUUUAUACACAUAUGUCCCUACAUGAUUGUACAUUUUCAUGAUAAAAAGCAUCAUCUGACCUGUUAUUACAAGUGACAAAAACUUGCCUCAACAUCACAUGUUGUGGUAUUUGUCACUUUCAACGGGAGCUGUGUGUUUUAAGUAAUAUGGUUUCAGUUUAUAAUAUUUAUAGUAGCAUAAACUCUAUUGAAAAUGAACACUAUUUACCAUGUAGCUUUUGUAUUGCUGUGGGCUAUCAGCAUCUCAUCGUUGAUGAGAACCUGUAAUCUAAAUAUGGCUUCUGGUUUGGUAGCUUAGGGGACCUUAACUGAAAGUAUUUGCUUGAUUUGUGGAUAGAUGAAAUUUGGCAAAAUUGGGUUUUAAAAACAUGUUAAACUGCGUCCUUUAAAAACAGCGUGUGGAUUGAAGGAGGAUCUCUUGCAUUGCACUGCUGUUAGGAAUAUUCUGAAGUUUCCUGUAACUUUCCACUCAAGUGCCAAAUCAGAUUUAGUCAGUCCCAUUUUUUUAUUUUUAGAUAUCAGGGUGAAGUGAUAUUGCUCCAGUAACAGAAUGUUCAGUGUGACUGAAAAAAGGCAUUCAAUUUAAUUUUGCAGUCACCAGUUUUAUUUCAAGGUCAUGAAUUUACGUUUUUCAAAGGAGCCGUUGACCCACAACACACGUACUAUUAGGGUAAGUUGCAGCAUGAGGUGACUGUGUCAUCUUCAGGUUCAGUUUCAGGCUGACAAACUCAGAACGGUGUAGAGAAAGAAAGUCAUUAUCUCAAUAAUGUAAGGCAUUUGCUUGCAUUAAAGAAAUCAGAAUGUAAAUAACUUUCUUGGAUUAUUUUUGUAAAAUUUCAAGGAAUAUCUUAAAUGAAAUAUUAAAAUAAAGAAUUUUAAUACCCAAUCACAUUAUGGUUUUUUGUGAUUUGUUUCAUUAGCUGGGAAAAAGAAAAAGAAAAAAAUGG